GAGACAGAGAGAAGCAGAGAGACAGAGAGAAGCAGAGAGACAGAGGGAGGCAGAGAGAGUCACAGAAGCGAUGGAGAACCAGAGAAAAAUGCAGGAGAUCAAGAGAGUCAAACAUCUGCUGGAGCUACUGAUGGUGGAUCUACAACUGGCCCACCAAGAGAUAGAGAGAUUGAGGCUAUGGCAGAAAGUCAUGGAGGAUCAGCGACCAAGACUGGCCUGGAACAACAAACCUAUUGAGACAGAAAGAGAGAGGGAAAGAGAGAGAGAAAGAGAGAGAGAAAGGGAGAUGGAAAGGGAGAGAAAAGCAGAAUUGGAAAGACAAGAAAUGAAGAAGAAAGUGAAACAGGCAGAAGAAACGAUAAAAGCGUUAGAACGAGAGAUUGAGACAUUGAAAGAGAUGGAAAAGGAAAUCAUAUUUGAAAGAGAAAGAGACAUGCGUAUUGCAGAGAAUGAGAAAGUCAAACUGGUUAACGGAAAGGUAAAAGAGUUAGAGAGAGAGGUUGAGAGACUGAAAGAAGAUAUGACAACAAAAGAGAUUCAAUACAAAAUCAAAUUUGAAAGAGCGAAAGAAGCAUAUAGAAGACAGAAGAGUGAGAGAGUGAAACAGGUUAACCAAAAUGUACUAGUGUUAGACAGAGAGGUUGUGAGAAUGAAAGAAGAGAUUAGAUUGAAAGACGAGACUGAACCAGAGAGAACAUUUGAUAGAGACAGAGAGAGAGAAAAUGAUUGGAGACGAAUCUUCAAGAAAAUCAAGGUACAGCUGAUAGAAUUAGAAAAUAUGGAAACAGACGAAUAUAAAUGGAAACAGAACCAAAUGGACAUGGAGGAGAAGAUGGAGGGUGAGAACAACAAACAGAAAGAGCAACAAGAGGAGAAAAAGAGAAAGUUUGAGAGAGAUCAAGAAGAAGAAGAUAUAUGGAAACAGAAGCAAAUUGACAUGGAGAAGGAGGGAAGAGAGAGGGAGAACAAGAUACAGAGAAAGAUAGAAGAGAUACACAGACGACAACAACAAGAGGAGAGACAGAAACAAAUGGAGAAAGAGAAAGAAAGGGAGAAAGACAAUGAGAAUCAGGGAGAGAUGGAAUUAAAAGAUCAGCAACAGAAAGAGAUGGAGAAAGAAAAUAUGAUUAUGAGAGAGAGGGAGGAAGCAGGAAGAACAAAUGAGGGGCAGAAUGAACUGGAGAUAGAACAGGAGAGAGAGAUGGAAGAAAAGCAGGAAGUGAUUAUUAAGAAAGCAGAGGAAGACUACAUGGAACGAGAAGAGAGAGGAAAGGAAGUAAGCAUGAAGAAAGAUGUAGUAGUUCAUGUUAAAGCUAAAGCACGGGAAGUCUUCAAUAGACGUAAAGAGAGGAGGUUAGAAGUGUUGAAGGGGGAACGAGAACACAUAGAAAGAGGACAACAAAUCAGGAGGGACAAGGAGGAAAGACGGCUGGAGAUGGAAAGAAAACAGGAGAGGGCAAGACAACAAGAGGAGCAGGAUAAAAAACGACAGAUUGGAAUUGCCAGACAGAAAGAAAUGUUCAGACUAAGAGAGGAGGAGAGGCAGAGAGAGGAAAAGAGAGAGGAGGAGAGGCAGAGAGAGGAAAAGAGAGAGGAGGAGAGUAUCCGAAGGAGAGCUGUGGACUGGGUGAAUAAGAAGUGGGAGAAGAGGAACCUCAAAAAGAUCGAGAGAACGUAUCAGAGAGAGGCCGAGGAGGGCUAUAAGAUCGUCCACAUAGCCUUCCCUGGACACCCAAGGGUAAUAUCCACCAUGACCCGGGCAGAGAGAGAGAGGGAGAAGAGGAAGGAGCUGCUGAAGGAUAAGGAGAGAAGGAAGAAGUUGGAGGAUUUCAAUAAGCAGUGGAGAGAGCAGUCCCUGCUUAAAAAAAGGACUCAUCAGAAUCUGAAGGAGGAGAGGGAGAGGAUGAUGGAAAAGCAUUGCCGGGAUGGGCCACAGGCCAACAAGUAA